AUGUCGACACCCCAUCAACGCAAGGCUGACGGCCCGCUAAGUCUGAUUCCCACACCUCAGACGCAGACUGGCAAGAACGACCCUUUCAUUGAAGAUGCUUCUCAGAUGGCGCUUGUGCACAACAUGUUGAUUCGUGCAUACAACAGCAUCCAUCUGCAGGCAAUGCACGUCCGGCCAGAAGAUGUGACCGACUUUUUACAUUACUGUUCAGCGUGGCACAUGACCUUGAAAGGUCAUCAUGAUGCCGAAGAGGAGGUUUAUUUCCCAGGCAUCGAGAAGGCUACCGGAGUCCAGGGCAUUAUGGACUCGGAAGUCCACGAACAUGCUGCAUUCAGUGAAGGUCUGCAAAAGUUCAAGGACUACGUCGAUUCCUGCCUAGCAUCUCCACCCUCAUACUCUGGUCAUAAUCUCAUCAGCAUUAUGGACGCCUUCGGCGAGAUCCUUGCGACUCACCUAGCACAUGAACCGCCCAAGAUGGCAUCCCUCAGCCAGUAUGGAGAUUUCGACCCCAAACCACUCUCGGAACAGACGGCAAACCACAGCAUGAAGUACAUGCACGUGACAAAUGUGCUUCCAAUACUAUGGUUCAAUUUGGACAAAGAAUUUGAGGGAGGCAAGUGGGCCACUUUUCCUGCGAUGCCAGGUCCUAUAAAAUGGGUCAUGAUCAAUAUAUUAGGGUCUUGGCAAAAGAAUUGGUGGAGAUUCGGGAGCAGCGGUGCGGACGGGAUACAGAGGGAGCUCUUCUGUCUGUCAGAGGAGUACUUCAAAAAAUAA